AUGCGCAAGGGAACGGCCGCCCUCAAGCGUCAGCAGGUGGCGCAGCUGCGCCAUCACCACCAGCAGCUGCUGGCUGCCGCUCCGGAGCUCGCCCUGGCCUCCUCUUCGCGCCUGGCUGCGGCCCUGAUCUCGUCGGCGGUGGCCCUGAGCGCCUCGUCCGCGAGCCUUGUAAAUAAUCAUCACCACAGCCAUAUGCAACAACAGCAACCGCAGCAGCCGCCACAGGCGCGCCAUCAUCACCAUCCGGCAACAUCUCACAGGCAUCACCACCACCACCACUCACAUCACCACUCGCACCACCAUCAUCAUCAGUGUCGCUCGAAACGCAAACUGCAGAAAUUGUAUUAUACGCUUUGCCGUUAGAUCUGUAGCCUAACUAUAUCUAUGUAUACUUGUACGAGAGAACGUUUCUUAGAACCACCAGCAAAAUCAGCACUUAGCUUAAGUCGAGUCACACUUACCACGUCCUAUAUUAUAUGUCCAGUGUUUCGUCCCUUCUUUUUUUGUAUAUGUAUUUAUUUAUUCCCAUUUUUUUGUAUUUUGUAACUGCUCAUCUCAUUUUCGUAAUUCACCCCAAACUGAAAGCAAAAUCUCAUCAGUGCAAUAAUAUACAUAAUCCGAAUAUAUAUAUAUAUAUGUGUAUUUAUAUAUAUAUGCUGAUUUUAAAGACCUCUCUUAUUUUAUACAAACACUCCAUGCUAUUUAUUUGUAAUUGAAAAAGAUUUGUGAUUUGCGCACAUGAUAUAAACUUCGUAGAGCAACCACUGUAAUCGUAGCGUGGUCUCAAGCAAUUUUCGUUUUAAGUACCCCAAUGAAUUUAUACAUCAUCCGCACAGACGCAUAAAUCUAACCAACCUAAAUCACACACCCACAAGCCCUCUGAUUAAGUAUUACUUAGCGUACGUAAGCUUACUUUAAGUUGCAACUGGAAAGAAAACCACAACAAAAAAUGUACUUUACUUAGGUUGAUCCCCGGUUUCCAUCGCAAACUGGGGGCAAAGUAUCAAAUUUGUGAGACGAGAGUCGGCGGCGAUAGCAAUCUUCUCGUCCAGGCAUAGACGUAGUUUUUUCUGAUUGUGCUGGGCAAGUCAAAGAAGUACUCAAUGCGAAUAAAGCGAAUUUCGCCAAUUCAGAUCCGAGAAA